GGAAGUUCCACCAUCACGUACAGACCUGCAGCAGAGAAGCAUCAUUUCAUCCAGCAGAGACAGAAUGACGCCACGACUGCAGCUCUUCAUCACUUUACUGCUUCACUUUGGAGCAGGAAUCAGUGAUGGAUGGAUCGAUCUCUAUGACAGACCUGGAGAUUACUGGCAUGACUCGGUUUAUGAUUAUAAUUCCACACUUGUGGAUCUGAAAGCUUUAUCAGGAGUAAUUGUUCUCCAUCACGAAGCUGGAGAUGACGUCGUUUUACCAUGUCAAAUUGAAUCUUCAUCCGACGACUGUUUUAAUCCAUACUGGAUUUACAACAACAUUCAAAAUGCUGAACACAUCAAGGUUCGUUUGGGAUAUAUUGAGGAGGAGUCACCUGGAGCUGACAGGAUGAAUGUGAGCAGUAACUGCUCUCUGAUCAUCAACAACAUCACUGCUGAAGAUGCUGGUUAUUACAGCUGUUGGAAUGGAUAUGGUUAUUCCGCACAUGUGUAUCUGAAUGUUGUGACAGCAGGAAUUGUUCUCCAUCACAGAGCUGGAGAUGACGUUGUUUUACCAUGUCACCUUGAAUUUACAUCCGACGACUGUUAUCAUCUUGACUGGAUUUACAAAAACAUUCAAAAUGCAGAUGGACACUUCAAGGUUAUUGAUGGAGAUUUUGUGAAGACGUCACCUGGAGCUGACAGGAUGAGUUUGGGUCACUGCUCUCUGAUCAUCGUCAGCAUCACUGCUGAAGAUGCUGGUCGUUACACCUGUAGGGAUGGAUAUGGUUAUUCCGCACAUGUGUUUCUGAAUGUUUUAACAGAUUCCAGUGUGAUCAAUACCAGAUGGAUUAUUGGAUGGCUGGUCGUGGGACUGAUGGUGGUUCUGGUCAGCAUCGCUACGUUUCUCAUCAUUUACAGGAUGAAAGUUAAAAGGAAUAAUCCCAGAAAUCAAACAGGUGAACUAUGAAGACGAUGAAGACCUGCCUGCUUCUGUCUGAUCCACAGAUCAAUAAAUCAGCUGUGUGUGAUGGAAACAUUAGCGUUAGCCUGGCUACAGAGCAGCAGACGGAUGUUUGGUCUCUGAAAGCUCAGCUCUGUUUAUGACAAUCCUAGUGUUUAGUCUUCAUCAUUUUGUGAUCUUCAAAAAUCCUCUGCAGCUUUUCCUCGGUGUCACUCCUGCAUCGAGGAGCCUGAUGGAUGUUUGAGCCGCUAGCAUGCUAACGAUGUAUUAAAUCUCCUAAACUGGGAUCAUCUCUCUUUAUUCCUGAUAGUUUCAUGCAUAUAUUAAUCAUGUUUGUAAAAUAGCAUUUUUCCAUCUCUGUAAUGUCAUAAAGAUUAGGAACAUCCUCUUGAUCUCCAUCCUUUUUUGGGGAAUCAGUUAAUGAAGGCAUUAUCUGUUAUUACGGUUUUAAGAUACAUAUUGAAGUUACAUUUGUUUUAAUCUGAGCUUGUAUUUUGUUUCAUGCUGUUUAUCAGUUGUAGUUCAGUCAACUAAAAUAAUUUGUAGUGCUCUGUCAGCUAUAUUGCAGCUUUAUAUUUGUAGCCUCACGUGCUUUAUACCUUUAAGGUACCGUGAAAUAUGUUGAUCUAUGGAGUUUAUCCAAUAAGUGUUCAUUGUUGUAUUCUUUU